CUAUUGCUCGUAAUUUGGUCAGGGUAUUAUUAGACCUCAUCAUUUUGAUCACCGACGUCACUGGGACAUGCAUGCGGUCCUUUGGUACAGCAGGCGUAGCUGUUUUAUCCCGUAGAGAGUUACCCUGAUGUAUUUAGAUCUUACGAGAUGCAUCCCCUCUAAUGACCUGUGGGAGGGAGUAUGCGGCAGAGGGAGGUACUACGCUGCAUAUGUGAUAUAUGGCUGCAAGCUGAAUGAUACAUCACUACGGUCUAGGAGCGACUUCGAAUAGAUGCGUAAAUUCUUUCAAACAAUCAGAUAAACACAACGGAUACAAGAAAGAAGUCAUUUGAUGAACGGGACCCACCCAUCGUGUUUUCAUACGUGCGAACAUCUUUCUAAAAGAAGGCAACUAUGAUGAAUACCGCCGCUAACGCUCGCUUUUGACAACAGACAGUCUGCUAUGGUAUACAACAUGGUUGAUUAAUUCUGACCCCUUUUUAAACUUUCUUUUUUAAUAAUACAGACUUUGACUAUAGCCGGAGAAGUAGCCUGAGCAGUCGAACCAGGGAAGUACUUGCAUCCGUCUCGCUGAAGUUCUGAGCGGUGAUAAAGAGCGCAGAUCGACUUACUGCCUAUAUGAAAGGACAGACAGCACUUUAGCCGAGACUGAGACAGUAAUUAAUCCAAAGAGCGUAUCAAAGCGGGGAAAAUGACAGACGGUCCCAGGCAGAGGGGCAGCGUCCCGGGAGCCGCGGAAUCCCCGAAGACCGGCGACGGUUCCGGGACCUCCGGCGUGGCUCUGAAGAAAGAGAUCGGACUCCUCAGCGCCUGUGGGAUUAUUGUCGGUAACAUCAUCGGCUCUGGGAUCUUCGUGAGCCCCAAGGGCGUUCUGGAGAACUCGGGCUCGGUCGGUCUGGCCCUGAUCAUAUGGGUGGCCACUGGGGUGAUAACCGCUGUGGGGGCGCUGUGCUACGCCGAGCUGGGAGUGACCAUCCCCAAGUCCGGAGGGGACUAUUCCUACGUCAAGGACAUCUUCGGUGGAUUGGCGGGGUUCCUACGGCUCUGGAUCGCCGUGCUGGUGAUAUACCCCACCAACCAGGCCGUCGUCGCCCUCACCUUCGCCAACUACGUGCUGCAGCCCCUCUUCCCUACCUGCCUGAGCCCUGAGAUCGGCCUCCGCCUUUUGGCCGCCCUCUGCCUGUUGCUGCUGACCUGGGUAAACUGCCACAGUGUCCGCUGGGCCACCCGUGUCCAGGACAUCUUCACCAUUGGCAAGCUGCUGGCACUGGGCCUCAUCAUUAUCAUGGGGAUCGUGCAGAUCUUCAGGGGGAGGUACUACUGGUUGGAGCCGGCCAAUGCCUUUGAAACUUUCCAGAAGUGUGACGUGGGGAUGAUUGCCCUUGCCUUCCUACAAGGCUCCUUUGCCUAUGGGGGCUGGAAUUUCCUCAACUAUGUUACAGAGGAGCUGGUGGACCCCUACAGAAACCUGCCCAGGGCAAUCUUUAUCUCCAUUCCCCUGGUGACGUUUGCAUACGUUGCCGCCAACAUCGCCUAUAUCACCGCCAUGAGCCCUCGGGAGCUGCUGGCGUCCAACGCUGUUGCCGUGACAUUCGGCGAGAAGCUUCUCGGCGUGAUGUCUUGGAUCAUGCCCAUUUCUGUGGCUCUGUCCACGUUUGGUGGGGUCAAUGGAUGCCUCUUCACCUCAUCCCGACUCUUCUUCGCUGGAGCGAGGGAGGGCCACCUUCCCCGGCUGCUCGCCAUGAUCCACGUGGAUCGCUGCACCCCCAUCCCGGCUCUCCUCGUCACCUGCGUCUCCACCCUCCUGAUGCUCUGCACCAGUGACAUUUACACGCUCAUCAACUACGUGGGCUUCAUCAACUACCUCUUCUAUGGGGUCACUAUUGCUGGGCAAAUCGUGCUGCGAAUCAAGCGUCCAGAUAUGCAUCGGCCGAUCAAAGUUAGCCUGGCCUGGCCUGUCAUCUACCUGCUCUUCUGGGCCUUCUUGCUUAUCUUCUCGUUGUACUCGGAGCCGGUGGUGUGCAGCAUCGGCCUGGCCAUCAUGCUCACGGGAGUGCCUGUCUACUUCCUGGGCGUUUACUGGGAAAACAAACCCCAGUGCUUCAACAACUCUGUGGACCGGCUGACGUACAUGGGCCAGAAGCUGUGUAUGGUGGUGUACCCAGCGGAGGAGAGCGCGGAGGGCAAGACCAGCAGGGGGGCAGAACCGGAGGAAGAACGGGCCCUUAAUUCAGGAGAGCUCUGAGCGUGACAGGACUCUCCCUGACCUGCUAGAGCAUCACAAAAUAAAAAAUAUAUAUACAAAAAACUAAAAUAGUGUGAAGGCCUGCAUAUGCACACAACUCUGAGAGUACACAGUGGUGCAGACUGCCCUCUUACACUCUCAGAAAAAAGGGUAAAAAAUGUAAUGUACCUUUGCUGUCACUGGAGCUGCACCUGGCGGUCUGCUAAUUGUACCCUUAGCUGUAGGUAAUUGUACCUUUUAAGCUACAGAAAUGGAUUCUGAGGAACAUUUCUGUACCAUUGAUGAUACAUUAAUGCUGUUUGUACCUUUGGGAUGUUCCUCAGAAUCCGUUUAUGUACCUUACGAGGUACAAGUACAAGGCUCUUGUACCUUUAUUUCUGAGAGGAAUGAUGUACGGCAUUAAGAAAAUGGAUUGUCACAGUAUUUGUAUAUUUCAGCUUUGUAAUCUUUUAUUGUCCGCUGAGAUCCAGUGUUUGCUCCCAACCUCCAUUUCUAAAAACUUCGCUCUACGGGUUUUAUAGUCUCUUUUUAGCAACAAUAUUGUCUUGUAAAUUUGACACAGAAAAUAUUGUUGAGGAGAACACCUUUAAAAUUACGUGUUUAAACCGAUGUCUGCGGAUUGAAGCGUUGUGAAUGACGUUAACGUGAUGUUAUUGAAGCGGGUCCGUGUGCAGAUGCCCCGCCCACCAACUUUCUGUACAUCUUCAUCCUUCUCACUGUACUUUGCCCUCCAUAUUCCUACCUAGAUUCAAAUAACUAAUGAAUUGUUCUGGCAAUUUUAUUAUAAAGAUACAUUUUUCACAAAA